UCCCAUCCAGGACCCUUUCUGUGACUUCUACACUGAUUUUAUGAAUAAACAUUGACCCACGCUGUCAGUCGCACUGGAAUGUGGAGUGAUAUCAUGCGGGUACUCGCGUUGCUUCUCGCAGUCAAAGCGGCAUGUGUCCUCCUGGUCUCCUCUCUCACUGGCACAGUGGCGGUGAACAACAGCGGCCGGUGGUGGGGUAUUGUGAAUGUGGCAUCCUCAGGCAAUCUCCUCACCAACUCCAAGAAUGUGCAGUUGGUGUUGGACCCCAGCCUGGCGUUGCUAAGUCGUCGUCAGAGAAAACUGAUCCGGCAAAACCCGGGCAUCUUGCACGCCAUUGCAGCAGGCCUGCAUACAGCCAUCAAGGAAUGCAAAUGGCAGUUUCGUAACCGCCGCUGGAACUGUCCGACCACCCACAGCCCCAAUGUCUUUGGCAAAAUUGUCAACCGAGGUUGCCGUGAGACUGCAUUUGUGUUUGCCAUCACAAGUGCUGGUGUUACUCACGCCGUGGCCCGGUCCUGCUCUGAGGGAGCCAUCGAGUCCUGCACCUGCGACUACCGGCGCCGGGGUCCUGGAGGGCCAGACUGGCACUGGGGAGGCUGCAGCGACAAUGUGGAAUUUGGCAGGAUGUUCGGGCGAGAGUUUGUAGAUUCCAGUGAGAGGGGCAGAGAUCUACGGUAUCUGACCAACCUGCACAACAAUGAGGCAGGGAGAAUGACAGUCGCAUCAGAGAUGCAGCAAGAGUGCAAGUGUCAUGGGAUGUCUGGGUCCUGCACUGUGCGAACGUGCUGGAUGAGACUGCCCAGCUUCCGUGUAGUGGGAGACUUCCUGAAGGACCGUUUUGACGGCGCCUCUCGAGUCGUGUACGCCAACAAAGGCAGCAACCGUGCGUCCCAUCGAGCCGACCCUCGCCACCUGGAACCGGAGAACCCAGCACAUAAGCUCCCUUCGGCUCGGGACCUCGUGUAUUUUGAAAAGUCACCCAACUUCUGUUCUUACAAUGGCAAAACAGGCACGCAUGGCACAUCGGGACGUACCUGCAACAGUUCAUCGCCGGCGCUGGACGGAUGCGAGUUGCUGUGCUGCGGAAGGGGAUACAAGACUCGAAUGGAGCAGAUCACAGAAAGAUGCCACUGUACUUUCCACUGGUGUUGUCAUGUGAGCUGCCUCAACUGCACCAGUACACAGACUGUCCAUCAGUGUCUAUGAUCAACACACAAUCAGACAAAUUGACAAACUGGAUACUGA